UAACUGAUUUGGCAAUAUUUAGAAAAUUCAGGGGCCUUUUGAUAAGUUGUGUGUAUUUAUACCCCACGAGCCAAAACCCUCCAUUCUAGUCGGCUCCCACUCUAUCGCUAGGGUUUAUCGACUGCGAAACCCUCACUCCGCGAAAAUGGCGACGCGAUUUCUCGCCCGCUCCCUGCUCACCACCAAGCCGCCUCUCUCAUCGGCCUUCUUUCACUCCUGCGGCGCUGCUUCUGCCACGUCAUCCGCCGUUCUGCCGAAUUCCUCAUCAUUUCUAUUCCGCCUCCGCCCCAUCGUGGCCGCGGCUUCCGCUUCCUAUUUCCGCCGCCUGCUUCCGGCGAUUUCCACCAGGGCGUUCUCGACUCGGCAGACUGAGUCGUCUCUGAAUGAUCCGAACCCUAACUGGUCGAAUCGCCCCCCAAAGGAGACGAUUCUGCUCGACGGGUGUGAUUUCGAGCACUGGCUUGUGGUUGUGGAGAAGCCGGAGGGCGAUCCGACUAGAGAUGAAAUCAUCGACAGCUACAUUAAGACGCUUGCUACGGUGGUUGGCAGUGAGCAAGAAGCAAGGAUGAAAAUAUAUUCCGUCUCAACAAGGCACUACUAUGCAUUUGGAGCACUUGUCUCGGAAGAACUCUCUUACAAGUUAAAAGAGCUGCCAAUGGUUCGCUGGGUGCUUCCUGAUUCGUACUUGGAUGUUAAAAACAAGGACUAUGGAGGUGAACCAUUUAUCAACGGGCAGGCUGUUCCAUAUGAUCCUAAAUAUCAUGAGGAAUGGGUGAGAAACAAUGCUCGGGCUAACGAGAGGAACAGGCGUAACGACAGGCCUCGGAACUUUGACAGAUCCAGAAAUUUUGAGCGUAGAAGAGAAGUGCAAGGUCAGAACGCUGGAGGCAGUCCUGGAGGCCCAGGCGGCAACUACGGUGGAGGCCCAGGCGGCAACUACAGUGGAGGUCCGCCACCAGCUAAUGCUCCUAAUCCUGGACCCAACAUGGGAGGACAGCCUAACUAUGGGGGUGGCCCGCCUCCAAACAACCCUGGAAACUAUUCGAGGCCACCACCACCAAACAAUCCAUCGAACUUCCAGCAGGGCCCCGGUCCAAACAGUGGAGCGCCAUACCAACCUGGACCUGGACCGAAUCAGACUCCCUAUGCAAAUGCAGGUGGUGGAAGCCCCUACCAGAACCAGAACCAGAACCAGAACUAUCCCGGUGGAGAUAACAGAGGAUUUGGCCCAGGACCAAAUUCUGGCAACUUUGGCCCGAGUGCAGGAUAUGGUCCUGGCCCGACUCAGAACAACUUCACUCCCAGCUAUCAGAAUGCUUAUGGUCCGAAUGCCGGAAACCCUUCACAAGGCCAGAACAUCCCAGGAAGAGAUUUCCCCCCAUCUUCAAACUACUGAGACGUGUGUAUAUUGAGAUGAACUCAGUUUCGUUACUGUUAUGUUUCUUGGGAGGUUGCUCUGCUGCGGUGGUGGUUUAUUAAUAUGCUCCUAGUCAAUUAGAAUGUGAAAAAUGCUUAGCUUUUCAACUCAAAUGAUGUUUUGAUGAGCUAUUAUCUGCUGAACCAUCUCCACUUAUCCAUUGUUUAAUUUAAUCUCUAAAUUUCGGAAUAA